AUGGAGUCCUUGAGGGGCAGGGACCGUGGGGAGGUAUCUCGGGAAAGAUAUAGUAGGGGCGCAGAUAUCUUUGAGCGGUUUCAAAAGCUUCGGCCGCCGACAUUUGAAGGGGCACCAGACCCAAUAAAAUUCCUAGAAAAGUAUUUCCUGCGGUCAUGCCGCAAUGAGAAGAUCGCACAAUUUUUACGGCUGGAGCAGGGGAGCCUUACAGUUGUCACGUACGAGGCCCGGUUCGACGAACUCUCCCGGUAUGUGCCCAAAGCCUUGGAGGAUGUCGAAUACAAAUUAUGGAAGUUGAAGGAAGGACUUAGGCCGAGGAUCCAGUCGUGGCUAUGCGCCUGGGAUUUUGAGGACUUUGCAGAACUGGUAGAUAAAGCCAUGCGAGUCGAGAAAGACUUUGAGCACACCUUAGGAACCCACCCUCUAGCACGAGAUACUCUGGUACGAUCAAGACAGGCACCCCUUGCCCCACCUGUUCCAGCAAGAAGGCUCAGAGUUCAGCCUGCUGGCAUCCCGCCCGUACUUCCAAGGAGACGUUGCGAGUACUGUGGGCGAGACGGCCAUACUACUCGAUUCUGUUAUAAAAGAAUAGUAGAGGAGGGCAACACGCUGCCAGAAAACCGUCCCCAGUAA